AUGCCAUACACUGCGCCACUGAAGUCGUCGCCUUUCGCGCAGCAUAUCGAAUUCUCCGAACCUGUCAUCCCUCACUCAUAUCCAGAGACCCCUAGACGGAUACCCUCUCCCACUGGUCGUCCGCCUCUGUCCCGGUCUUAUUCCUCCACAGCUUACGUUCGUAGGCACCGGAGGAGCCCCUCCGCCAGCAAGAACUUCGUCUUCCCAGACCCCGCCUCCAAAUCCAAAUAUGUCCUCGACUCUCAGUCUAGUGUUCGUCAGUCUCCACCACCGUUGAGUGAUGCCAUCAUUCCUCCUGGUGCCGUCAUCUCUCCUCCCGAAUCCGCACCCAACUCUAGUGAUGAGGAAGCGUCAUACCACCGGCCGGAGGGACCCAAGAUGGAGGAACUGGAAGCUGCUGUGAGGUCUCUUGGACAACGACGGGAGUCGUCACCGGAGAGGUCACCGUCCGUCCAGACGGCAGAGAAGCCUACUCCUUCUCCUGUUCUGGUAGUCAAGACCAAGCCUGCUGGGUUGCCGCUCUCCAAGGAAGCCCGCAAGAUUUCCCACUCGCGGUCGUCGACUGAGAGCUCUAUUCUUCCACAGCAUGAAGAGGCAGUGACUAGCUCCCCUGAUGAUAGUGACCGUGAUGACGAGCCUAAGCGGAAGCCACCAAUGCUCCGCAAAAAGUCGGGGGAACUUGUGAGACCCGCCUUGCGCCCGGCAUCUGCCCGCCGUCGUCCGUCGAGUAUGCCAGGCACUCCUACAUACUCCAAGGCAGUUCACUUUGACUCUCAAUUGGAGCACAUUCGUCACUUUCUACAACUUGACAAGCCUCUGGCCGUGAGUGCCAACACAUCGCCAGUCGAAGACUACGCGGGAGAAUCUGAGUUUCCUUUUGGUAAAGAGGAGCCUGCCUUCGAAUGGCAAAUCCACCUGCCCAACUUUCCCAAGGACCCCUCGUCCCGGGGUUACCAGAAAGUCAAGUUGGAAAGGGUGUCGCUGUCGUCUGACCAGAAUACCUUGGUCGGUGUGAUAGCAGUUGCAAAUCUUGCAUUCCACAAGCACGUGGCUGCUCGAUUUACUUUCGACUAUUGGAGAACGGUCUCGGAAGUGACUGCAGAGUACAGUCAUGACGUUCGCCGGAAGCAAAUUCAUGAUGGAUAUGACAGAUUUUCCUUUGAAAUCAAGCUGAAUGACCAGGCUAACCUGGAGAAGAAAACCAUGUUUGUUUGCAUUCGCUACAACGUGGAUGGCCGAGAGUUCUGGGAUAACAACAACGCCAUGAAUUACCAGAUCGACUUCCUCAGGGUUCUCAAAGCGAAGCCUGAGAAUCGCAGUUUGCCAACGUCGGGAUCACGCAAUCCUCUGCCUCGAAGCAGGACCUUCAAUGCCCGUCCUCACUCGAUGCCUCCAUCUUUUGAGAAUCUAUCGGAAUUCUCUUUCGGCAGCCCAAAGAAGAGCGCCAACAAGAAGGUCUCAACUAAAGAGCCUUCGGAAGAUGACAUUGAACCUAUAGCUCCUGUCCGUCGUGAGAGACAGGACCGCCAGGCUUUUGGCAAUCGCUAUGAUUUUGGAGCGUCUUUGUCGGCAGUCAUGCGGACAAAGCCCAGCCAGGAUCGCACUACUCUCACCGCGCGAGCAAAGUCGGAACCAGAGACCCAGCUUGCCGAGAAGAAGAAGGAACCAGGCUUGGUUUCCAACAAAGCUCUGCCUGUUAGCGAAGUCAGCCCGCAUAUGGCCCACUCGGUGCCUUCGGAGCCUUCUUCUCUCGUUUCUGGCAAGCCGCACCUCGAGUCUUCCGUGUACAAAGAGCUCGUCGACAAGUACUGCUUUUACGGGUCUCCAAGGAGCUCUAUCAGCGCCCAAAGCCCUUCGACUGCGGAUAAAGAUAGUGCAGCUGCCGAAAAAGGCACUUCCCCGUCCUCGCCACCCUCUUCCCCCCCAUCCACUUCGUGUAUGGAUUUUUCUGUGAGCCGUAACCCUCGGGAAACUCGUUCGUCAUCAUCGACCAAUUCGAGCUCCCGUGCAUCGUCUUCUUCACCCGCUAAUUUCGGCUAUUCAUACCACCAGCCUACGCAGAACAACUUUAUGAAAGGAUCUCACACGCCGGCGGUCAUCAGAGGGUGA